AUGGAGCCCGCGGGUUACCGCUGCCGCAGCAGCCGCCACAUCGAGAGCGGGCAGUCGGCCGUGCCCAGCUCGGUGCUGUUCGCCGCCGGCCUUUUGGGGAACGUCCUGGCGCUGCUGCUGCUGGGCCAGCACCGCCGCCGGUCCCGGUCGCCCGGGGGCCGCCCGCCGCGGGUGUCGGCGUUCUACGUGCUGGUCACGGCGCUGGCGGUCACCGACCUGCUGGGCAAGUGCCUGAUCAGCCCCAUGGUGCUGGCAGCGUACGCCUACAACCGCAGCCUCAGCGAGCUGGGGCCGGGGGGCCGCGGCGAGGAGCAGCCGGGGGUGCUCUGCCAGCUCUUCGCCUUCCUCAUGGCCUUCUUCGGGCUGGCCCCCACGCUGCUGCUGCUGGCCAUGGCUCUGGAGUGCUGGCUUUCCUUGGGCCACCCCUACUUCUACCGGCGGCACCUGACCCGCCGCCUGGGUGCCGCGCUGGGGCCGGCGGCCGCCGGGCUGUGCGCGCUGUUCUGCGCCCUGCCCCUGCUGGGGUUUGGGGCUCCCAUGCAGUACUGCCCCGGCACAUGGUGCUUCAUCCGCAUGGCCGGCGGUGGUGCGGGCCAGCUGGGCUUCCCCGUGCUCUACGCCAGCCUGAUGGGCUUGUUGGUGCUGGCCAUCGUGGCGUGCAACGUGAGCAGCAUGCGGCACCUGUACGGCAUGGCCCGCAGGCAGCCCCGCCGCGGGACGCCCCCCGCCGCCGCCCCGCGCAUGGAGGAGCUCGACCACCUCGUCCUGCUGGGGCUCAUGACCGUCCUCUUCACCGUCUGCUCCCUGCCGCUCAUCAUCCGGGCCUACAUGGGAGCUUUUGCCGCCGAUUUCAACGAGAACGCCGACCUGAGCGCGCUGCGCUUCCUCUCCGUCAACUCCAUCGUGGACCCCUGGGUCUUCAUCAUCUUCCGCACCUCCGUCUUCCGCGCCUUCGUGCGCCGCGUCUGCCGCCGCCUGGGCUCCCGCCGAGCCUCGCUGAAAGGCUCCGGCCCCGCUGGUGACAGCCAGUUCUGUCCCCCGGGCUGGCAGGGUGGCACAGAUCCCCCCCGGCUGGGCACCCCCUGAGCGUGGCGCCGCUGCGGAAGCCGGCGGCUGCCGGCGAGGAUGAGGAGCGAGCCUUCGGCCCCGCGUCCCUGCCCCGGAGCAUCCCGAGGUGGCACAGGGCGGUGGCAGGAGGGGACAGCGUCCAGCUCGCUGCGAGGGGCGCUGGGAAGGGUUUCUGGCCCCUUCCCCCAGGCUGCGUUUUGCCCCGGAGAGGAUCUGGGAUCCGCGGGGAUUUGGGAAUGUUCCAUGCUUCGUGGAGGGUGCGGGAGAGCCCGGCUGCAGGAGGGCAGGAGGGCUGGGGACACACACGGAGGAGAAGUGUGGGUGUGUCCCCGUGGAAUAAAAGUGGAUCAGA